CGUGGUUCGCUCCGUCAACGAAAACAGAGCAGACGAAAAUUUCGCACGUGUUGCAUGUUGCAUCUUGCAUGCUCCAUUCGACACAGCACGUUCACGCUCGCAUUCGCGAUGUCUAAUGAUUCGAAACGUGAGCAAUACUUUCUCUAUAAUACUUUGUCGAUCCUGCUAAAGGCCGUAGAGAAGACUCGAACGACCGUAGACCUGCGGAACGAGGCGACGAUUGUCGGCAUUAUCGAAAAUGCGGACGCAUACAUGAACAUUGUGAUGAAAGACUGUGUGUUUACGGAUCCCCGCGGAGACUCGUUCAAAUACGACAUGUUCUUCGUGCAGGCACGAAAUAUCCGUAGCGUUCACGUGCCAAUGAACGUGAGUGCAUCAAAAUCCUAUUCUCCUUUAACGAUGAUUAUCUCCGUGUCGAGAAUCUUGUCUCGGUUUGGCGGGAGUCGUAAAGCGUACGAAUAAUCGGUCGCACGUUUAGGUUAUGUUGUGUUUUGUGACUGGAAAAUCAGUCUUUCGUUCGCUCCUCGGAUUACCUAAGCGUGUUCAGGACAUUGAAGUGUUUAGAGU